AUGGUGCCGCUCGGCCUCAAGGUUGCGGAGGUUCCGGUGGUGUACUCAGACCCCGUCAUUCAGCUCGUCUUCAGCAACCUACCGCCGUACCUCCGGCAGAAGAAUAUCCUCACCUACAUGGGUGCUCAUUACAAGAGGUGGCGUCAAAGGUGUGUUCUAUGGUUGACUGCUAUGCACUACUAUUUCGUUGUCGAACCUAGACCACUUGGACCGCAUACAGCUAAGGAUGAGCAGCGGUUCAAAGAUGCGGAUACUACGUUCAAGGGGGCAAUGAUCAGCAUGCUAGGAGACUCCAUGGUGGAUACAUAUGUGAUGAUGUCCACUGCUAAAGAGAUGUGGAAUACACUAGAGGCCAAAUAUAGAGCUUCUGACGCUGGUAGCGAGUUGUACGUUAUGGAGCAGUUUUAUGACUAUAGAAUGCUUGAGGACUGUUCUGUAAUAGAACAAGCUCAUGAUAUACAAACACUGGUGAAAGAACUCGAGAAUUUCUGUUGUGUGCUGCCGAAAAAGUUUGUGGCAGGCUGCAUCAUUGCAAAGCUGCCACAAACUUGGACUAAUUUUGCUAAUUCUCUAAAACAUGAGAGACAAGAGUUUGGCAUUGCUGAUCUUAUUGGCUCUUUGGAUGUUGAAGAGGAGGCAAGAGCUAAAGAUGUUCGCGGCAAGAAAGUUGUUGAGGCAAAUUCUAGUGCCCAUGUGGUACAGAAAGGACAUCGAAAUUCCCACAAGAAGAAAUUCAAGCAAGAGCUCAAACAAAAGAACACUACUCCUUUUAUGAAGAAGAAGAAAAAUCAACGGAAUAAAGGAAAGGGCAAGUGCUAUAUUUGUGGUGUCGAGGGACACUAUGCCACAGAAUGA